CUUGAGUGCGCGUGUAUUAAUUCAACGGAUCAGUGCCCUAAUAUAAAAACGUCAUUAGGAGCGAUACGAAAGAGAAGACAUUUGACUUUUCCUGAUGGCAGUAAUGUAGUCCUCACGAUCUCAUUGGUUAAAGCUUUCAUGACUCACGCACCGUCAGGCUGGAACAUGGCGUUGGAGAUUGAUGUCAUAUUUCCUCUGCCUGAUGCCAAGUUCACGAAUGCUCAUUUUAGGAAGAAAUUGCACCAUCGUCAAAAAAGAGAAUUCUGGGAAAGACUUCAAAAAGCUAUAGAUUAUCACAAUUUAAACGGCCGUGCAUGUGUUUUAAGGAGCAUUUGCGAAGCCAAAUCUCAUCUUGCUCCACCGGGAAAGUCGUUAGUCCACGAUCUCCUUAGAGCUAUUUUUACAGCUCCAGUAAAUGAAGAAGAUUUUACAAAUGAAGUGGCCGACACAUAUGGUGAAUUAUUAGAUCCUAGUUUCUGCGAUCAAAUCAAUGACUGUCCGUUCUCUCUCCUUCAUUUUACUUUAUCGAUGAACAGACAGAAACUCUGAGUGCAAUUUAAUAUUUAUAAAAAAAAAUAU